AAAGAACCCAUAGUAUUCUAUGGUAUUAGUCAUAGAUAGUAUUAUAACCUCACAUUAUCUAUUAACCUCAUCCAUCAGUAGAAGUUAUUUAAAAGUAGUUCAUGAUUUUAAUAAUAUUUCCUUUUUAUUUUUACUUUGUUAGUAAUAUACGAUGUCGAGGCCUGAACAUUUAGCACCACCUGAAAUUUUUUAUGAUGAAGUGGAGGCCAAGAAGUACACUCAAAAUUCUAGGAUUAUUGAUGUACAAGUUCAAAUGAGCGACCGUGCUGUUGAAUUACUUCUGUUACCUGAAGAUACUCCUUGCUACUUAUUAGAUAUUGGAUGUGGUUCUGGUCUUAGUGGAAGUGUUUUGGAAGAACAGGGUCACACAUGGGUUGGUAUUGAUAUUUCUCCUGCUAUGUUAGAGGUGGCAGUUGAUAGAGAGGUGGAAGGAGACAUACUACAAGGAGACAUGGGACAAGGCAUACCGUUUAGGGCUGGUACAUUUGAUGGUGCUAUCAGUAUAUCAGCACUACAGUGGCUAUGCAAUGCUGAUAAAUCUUCUCACAAACCAGUACAGCGAUUGUAUAAAUUCUUUAGUUCACUUUAUGCAUGUCUUUCAAGGUCUGCAAGAGCCGUGUUACAGUUUUAUCCUGAGAAUAGUAAUCAGAUGGAGCUUCUGACCACUCAAGCUAUGAAAGCUGGUUUUUAUGGUGGAGUUGUUGUAGAUUACCCCAAUUCAACAAAAGCAAAAAAAUUUUUUUUAGUUUUAAUGACAGGAGGAAAUAUGUCCCUGCCCAAAGGCCUUGGUACAGAACGCGAUUCGAAUAAUGCCUUAUAUGCGAAAAGGGAAUCUAUUAAAAAAGGGAAAGCAUUAAAAUCACUAAAAUGUAGCAGAAAUUGGAUAUUAGAGAAGAAAGAAAGACGAAGAAGGCAAGGCAAAGAAGUUAAACCAGAUACGAAAUAUACGGGAAGAAAAAGGAGUAGCAGAUUUUAAAAUGUUUCUUUCUUAAUGUUACAUUUUUAAAGGACUUAAUAUAAACAUAUAAUAAUUAA